UGUCCCUGGCUGAGUCAGAUGGACUGCUCCCAACUUAGAAUGACAUAAACAGGCAGACCGACUCUUUUCCGAAACCAGAGUGGCUGAAAACAUCUAGCGGACUCUAUAAUACACCGAAAAACAACAUUGGGGGCUGCGAAGGGAAGAGCUGGAGGAUAUUACCAAGAUGGAGGAGUGUGAAAGUCUGGCCUCGGAGGUGCCCGAGCUGCAGGAGUUUCAGAGUGAGGCUUUAGAGGCCACCAGCCAGGACGAUGAAGACGAGCUGGAGGAACUGCAAAACAGUCUGCGAGAGAUUGUCCAGGACCCGUCCGUGAAGCCUAAACUCCAGUGCCUGAUGGUGGAUCCAUCGUUCUCCAUGGUAACUGUUCAGAGCGAGGACAGUGGUAUUGUUUGGGAGACGGCCUCUAGCCGCUGCUCGACCCCCUGGGCCUCUGAGACCAGCUCCACCUCUGAAGCCUACAGCAUGGAGGGCUCCGGAGCCGCAGGAAAGAUCACCAUCGUCUUUGACGAGGAGAAAGUGAUCCGUAGGAGGACGAGGUCUGGAAGGAGCAGCAGGCUGGGGGACAGGCUGAGCCGACCUGGUAGUUCAAGAUCGGCUUCAGCCCUGGGAGUGGAGAGACCGGAGAUGGCGGAGAUCUCUCUCCCCAAUGUCAAACAGGAGAAAACCCUAACAGAGCCAGACUUGGAGGAAAUCAAAAACAAAGAUCAGCAGCUGUUCAGUUUGAUUUCAGAGGGUUAUGAGAUUCUCAACAUAAGAGUCCCCUCCAAACUUCCCACUGUGGACGAGGAAGAGAGCACAGACUUGCAGGACAAUUUGUCUUAUUUGGAUCAGACACCAAAGAUCAGGUCCCGAAGCCACCAUGACUGGACUCUGCAACAGAAUCAUGUCCUGCCAGAGGAGGGGGAAAUACUGGAUCACCAAGAGCCCUCAAAGCAAGACUCUUCUCAGCCGUCAGAGGACACAGAGCUCAGACACACACCCACUCAGAAAGACAGCACCGGCGACAUAGACUACUUUGAGAAGUUUACCCUGGUUGAUGUGGCGGUUCCUGGAGAACAAGCUCCAGAGCUGCAGGAGGAGGCAGAACAGCCUGCAGCAAAGCCCCAAGUAGAGGAGCAAAAGCUGGCUAAGGAGGCAGCCACAGACAGCCCCUCUGUAUCAGAGGACUCCUUUGUCUUUGUUACGGAUGUGGAUAUAGUUGGGGAGCACUUGGAUGAGGUCUUCUACGGACAGGGAGCUCCCGCUGAUGCGCUGCAGCAGAGAGAGGAGGAUGAGGUGGUGGGUGAAAAGAGAAGGAGACGAGAGAGCCAGAGAUCUGUGAAGGAGAAUGGAUCGGUUUUGUUUGGGAGUGAAGACACCAUCCUCACACCCAUUUACAUCUCCUCUGGACCCCCAAAGAUUAUUGACCAGAUCCUGCUGGAUGAGCCCACCGCCAUGUCCUUCAUGUACUCAGACCUUUACGAGGAUGCUGUAGGCGAGAGGACGAAGAGCGACGGGGAACACUCUGAGCCAGAGAGCGUGGCAUCCGAGAAGACUUAUAAGAGACGUUUUUCAGAUUCAGAGGAGGCAGACGGGUACCUGGAGAAGUUUACUUUGAAGGAUGAAAUUCCCACAGUGGAGGCUCAACCAGAGUCAGCGGAGGAUAAGACGGAGGGGAGGAUGAUAUGGUCGCAGAGUAAGUUUGACAUGACAGGAUGUCUAACAAGAGUGGUCAGAGAAGAAGAUGAGGACAAGGCAGAGAUAGAUGCACCAAAGACACAGGAUGUCAGUGUUGGAGAUGGGAGAGAAGAUUUACAAUCAGCAACAUUUGAAGAGAAAAGAGAAAUAGUUACUGAGACAAAAAAGGAGAGAGAGGAAAUACAACUCGCCAUGGUGACUGAAGAGCAGGCUGUCAGAGUAGACUCAGAAGAACCAAUUCAGGAGUCUAAAAUGAAAGAGCAUCAUAUUGAGGAUCAGGAGGUAAAACACAAAGUAAAGAGAGACCAGACGGAGCCUCCUGAGAGCAGCACUGAUGAACCACUUCAGCAGGUGGACAGUAAAGUAGAGAAAACACAGGAGAUUGAGGAGCAUCAGAGAGACGUGCCAGCAGAAAAAACAACUAGCAUUACUGAAACUGAGCAGCCAUGUCAGACACAAAAAGUGGUAGAAAAAACAGCUCAGGUGGUUGUAAAUGCUGCAGAGGACACAGCUGUGGGAGUACCUGUAAGCAGGGAGGCGCCUCACAUCAUCACGGAGAAGAGUCUGUCUGAGGAAGCAGCUACUGACACCAAGAUGGUGGAUUGUGAUGAGAAAGCAGUAACCGAGACCGUAGCAGAGGCCCCAGCUGAAGUGAAAGAACAGGAAAUUCUCACCUCUACUGAAAUAGAGACACCAGCUGAAACAUCUCUGCGUGAGGAAAAGGAAGCAGCAGAUGUUCCUGAGGAUAUUGCACCUGUUGAGGUCAUCACUGACUGUGAUUCUGCAGUACACGCGUUAGUGGAGGUGACUGAAAAAGCAGUGGAUGAAAAAGAGAUCCAAACUCAAGUUCAGAUCGAUCUUCAGGAGGUGACAAGUGUCGAGACAACAGAUGCUCAAACAGCUGAAGGAGAAAAAGAACAUGGCGCUCUAACGGAGGAAACUGCAGUUGAGAGCCAGUCGACUGAAUUUAUUCCCGAAGCUGGUCAAGAGUCAGAGGUUAAAGCAGAGAUUUCAAGUGAAGUAACCGAACCUGCGAUGCCAGAAGAAGUCAAGACAGAUUCAGAUAAAAAACAGCAUGAAAUACUUCAAUCCGAGCAGCAUCAACAAGAGGAGUCAUCAACUGACAGAGAGCUGAUAACUGAAGCCAAAGAUAAAACACCCACAGAGGACACUGGGACUGUUGCUCAGGAGAUGGUGCAUGUGGGUGAUGAGUUAAUCCUCCUUGUCCCCAAAGGACAAGCUGUAGAGAUGGACAUAGAGAUCAUUCAGUCGUCAGAGAUGACUACAAGUGAUACAGUAGCUCUCUCUGAACCUGACAGCACAUAUGAACGUCUCAUAGCACCUGAAAUUACCACAUCAUGCCCAGAGACUCUCCAGGCCCCGAAUGAAGAAACAAUGACAGAGCCUCAACAGGAAGUAAAACCAGACGUUCUUAAGGAAGACGCACCACCCAGAAAUGAGUUAGACAAUAGGUACUCUCCUCCAGCACCAGAGCCUCAACAGGAAGUAAAACUAGACGAUUUAAAGGAAGAUGCACCGCCCCGAAAUGAGUUAGACAAUCGGUACUCUCCUCCAGCACCUGUGGAGGAGGCAAACACAGAGGAGCCAAGGAUGGAAUUGGACACCGAAGAAGACGAGGGCAUCUUUUCCCCUCUGAGGAGCUUUACUCCCCAGGAGGAUUUGUCUGGGCUACACAGAGAGGAUAAACAAUCAGAAGCAGAAGAAAUAGAGAUGUACAAGGUGGAAGAUGCCCCUGAAACAAGCAUUGUUAAGGAGGAUUCAAGUCCAGAGACUGAUCUGCACAGAGAGGAUGUAGAACAAAAGAUGGAGCAAGAUGAGGCGGUUGCAGAGGCUCCAGAGGUGAUCGUUGAGGAGCUUGAAUAUGAUAUAAUAACUAAAGAGGAUGCAAAAGAGAUACCUGAAACACAGAGAGAUGCAGAGGAACCACAGCCGGAGUCUGGUCAGGAGAGAGAAGAGAGGAUGGAGGUGGUGGUGGAAGAGGAGGAAGAGGAGGAGGCGGAGAAAGUCGUUGAUCUGUCCCCAGAAGAAGAGCCCAUUGAGGCUGACUAUGAAAUCAUCGAUGCAGAGGAGGAGAGUCAGGCCCGACUGGCUGCUGAGCUGCAGGGGAUGGACUGGGUCUGUAUCACCUGUGGAAGUCUGCUGUCAGAGAACGCCUGUGUGUCUGGAGAGCAUCUCAACCACGAGGUGACUGCUGUGGACCAAGCCUACGAGGAAAUCAAGGAGAAGCUGGGUGACUGGAUCUCAGAGCUUCAGGGGAGGUCAGAGAACAUUGAGGACUUGGUGUCUGAGCUCGAACUGGCCUACAACUCUGUAGAGGACCAGUUUGUGGAGAGUGAGGCAGCGAUGCAGGCGCAGAAUGAGGAGAUGAUGGCUCUGGUGAUGGAGCAGUACAACAACAUGUCUGUCAGCAUGGAAGAGGAGAAGAAGGCCAAACUGGAGCAGCUGUAUGACCAGAUUGUCUCCUUCCAGGAGAGCAUCGACUCUGCCAAGGCCACCUUGGAGCACACGGCCAGGGAGACUGAGACUGACGCACGGUCACCUGAAGACAUCCAUGCAAGUCUCAAUGCAGCUCUGGACUCAGCCAUGUCACUGGAGCUGGGUCCCAAGGGACUGCUGGUGUUCGAGGACUACGCCAAGGGCAACACGUCCAGCUCUCACGUCGCACAGCGCAAGGGGAUCCCAGUGCCUCAGAGGCCUACACUGCAGCCUCAGGAGCCAGGCUCAGCCACCAGCACCAGUGUCACUGUUUACUGGAAGGUCAACCCUGGAGAUAUCAUAGACUGCUUCCAGGUCUACUGCAUGGGGGAUCCACAGGGAGCUGUGUCAGAGGAGUACCGUGUGACAGUGAAGGAGAGUUAUUGUGUCCUGGAGGAGCUGGAGCCUGACAAGACCUACAAGGUGUGGGUGAUGGCUGUCAACUAUACCGGCUGCUCUCUGCCCAGCGAGAGACUCUCCUUCAGAACUGCUCCAUCAGUGCCAGCGAUUGACACGGAGCGCUGUACUGUCAUGUGGGAUUCAGCCACGCUGCGGUGGAGCUCAGCCAAUCUGACUCCUGAACAGAGUUACACCCUGGAGUACUGUCGCAAGUAUGAACUGGAGGGAGAGGGGCUCAGGUCCAUCUCAGGAAUCAGAAGCUGUGAACAGAGGGUCCUCCUGCAGCCCAAUGAGAACUAUCUGUUUUACAUCAAAGCUGUGAAUGAGUCUGGAGCCAGCGAACAGAGCGAGGCUGCUCUCAUUUCCACUAAAGGGACGAGGUUCCACCUGCUGAAAGCCUCAGCUCACCCUGCUCUGGAGCUGUCGCUGGACCAGACCACCCUGCACUACUCUCAGGAAGAACAUGAAAACACACCAUCCACAGACAAACAGUGUCCAUCCAUCCUGGGUGAGUUGUUGCCGGCACAGGGUCAUUACUACUGGGAGACCCUUGUGUCAGGAAGCACAGCUUACAGGCUUGGAGUGGCGUACAGCACAGCCAAUAGAAACAUCUCACUGGGAGAAAACAGCCUGUCGUGGUGUUUGCAGUGUGUCCCUACACCAUCAGGCUGCAGGUUUCAGAUGCUCCACAACGACGCUCAGUCCAGUGUGUUUGUGAUUGAGAUGCCUGAGCGAGUGGGUACUCUCCUGGAUUACCAGCUCGGUCGUUUAUCUUUCUACAAUGCCCAAAGUGGUCAGUUGUUAGGCACUUUCUGCCAGCGCUUCACCCAGCCGUGCCACCCUGCUCUGGCCCUGGAGAUGCCAGGCAGCCUGGAGGUCAGCAUGGUGCUGGAGGCUCCGGAGUUUACCAAGGAAAGCUAGCUCUGCUAUCUGCCUCACACACACUGAGGAGUUUACAGUUCACGUUGGACAUAUAUUGAUUUGAAUGAUCUUAGUGUGAAAUGACCAUUGUUGCAUUAUUGAGAAAGCUACAGAUCUGACAGGACAUAAUAUGUACUGAUAUCCCCCCCCUUUAAAGGCAGAAGACAUACUGGGUCCCAUUCUUCAAUGGAUUUGUGUGUUUUUAUUGAGAUUGAACUUAAACAAUAUAGUGCAAGUUUUCUCUGAUUAACAGGAAAUCUUAACAUUAAUCAAAAUAUCUUGUAAAUACCUAAAACAGUGAGAGGCAGUGGAAAUGAAUGAUGAUGUGUGAAAUGCAACUGGAUUGAAAUUUAGUGCCUUGAAUUCUUUUUCACAAGUCAGUGUCUUGUAUUUUGUUUUGGUCAAGGGAGUAAAAGUGAAAUGUUGUGGAUCAUUUUGUAAAUUUGACCACAACAUAUGCUGAUGUGAUUGUUUUGUACCGUAAAUGUUCUUUGAUUUACUCAUGUUCAGUUUUCUCCUCUUUAUUUAAACCCUUACUGAUAGGUACCGUGACUACUGUCUGCAUAUUAAAGUGAAACACACAUGGUAUCAUUACAAAGUUUAGGCUCCAAGAAACAUACUGUGGCACUUUUGAACUGUAUUUCAUAUUGUGAAUUUGUGUAAAUAACCUUUGUAAACAGAUGUGAUCUCUUCUAUAUUUUCCUUUCUUUGUCUUGUAAACUGAUUUCAACAUCUGAGCUGAAUGAACAUAUUUUUCUAUUGGCACAACUGGACUGAUUGUUUGUUGUCAGCUCAUUAGCUUUCUAACAUACAUUCACCACUAGAGGUCGUCAUCACUCCAUCAGCUCUAAUAUUGGCUCAAAAUACAUUUCUGCCACCAAUCCUAACAACUUCUGCAGAAUCUAUCAUGCACUUUGACGUCCAGAUUGCUUCUGAUGACUUGCAGCUACUGUAGAUUUGGUAAAAGCUACAUGGUUCUCCAGGGGACAUGUCAUUUCACAAUUAUUAUGAAACUAUUUUUCCAGGCAGUCGCACCUUUUCCCCCUCAUCUCUGACAUCUUUCCUCAUUUCUGGGUAAACAGAGAGAGGAGGAGAGUGAAAGGAAGAAGAGGGGAGCGGGGCAAACACAUGCAGACCAUCAGGGAACAGCUGCUGGCUUCCAUGUGAUCUGUUGGACUGCUCUUUGAAAAGUCACAGCCUCAUUUUACUGGGAUUGGGACUGAUAACACUCUUGGUUGGGAAAUUCGAACAAUUCUUUUAUUGUAUCUGAACUCUGGAAGGAUCUUUAUCUGUUACAGUGGAAAGUUAAGACUGGGGACUGUUUUUGUACCUCAUCUCAACACCAGACUUCUUUGACACUGUGAUUUAUUCUUCAAACAUAUAUUUUUCUAACUCAGAAAGAUAGAAAACAGGACAACAAUAGUGCGGCUAAAUCAUCGCAAUCGAAAAGAUGGAAACACAAGAUUCUUUUUGACAACAGAACCAAAUGUUCUAUUUAUUUCCCUUUACCACCCUUGUUAAACAGCCAGCCAAGAGAAGCCUCAGCAGGAGUCUCUCCAUCACGUGACCGGUGACUUCCAUAAUAUCUGAUGUCAAGUAUGCAUCAUCUCCUUUCAGCUGAAGGACUCAGUUUUUCCAUGUCUAAGGCCAAAAUAAAA